GCCACAUAGAUACCUACCUAGGUACCUAUAUAUAUUCUCCGAUUGCACCUUCCUACAUAGAUUCUGUUUUUAACGGCAUUCUACCUACCCUUUAACCAUUCUUAUCUUAUCUAAAGCCCCUCUCCUUGUGUGAGGUGAAGACGGGAACUCAAGUCGUACAAAUCACAAGUCACAAGUCACACCCAAAACUAUACCCGUUAUCAUAAAUCAUGGUAUUCUAUUCGCGCCAAGAGAUUCUCCAACGCCUACGGGAAGUUAUCUCUUCUCAUCGCCCAAUUGUCGGCGCUGGGGCUGGAAUUGGCCUUUCUGCCAAAUUUGUUGAGGCUGGCGGUGCCGACCUUAUCAUUAUUUACAACUCAGGCCGCUACCGGAUGGCCGGUCUAGGCUCUCUUGCAGGCCUGCUACCUUAUGGCGAUGCGAACGCCAUCGUUGUCGACAUGGCUCGGGAAAUUCUGCCUAUCGUUCGACAUACGCCUGUCUUCGCCGGUGUCUGCGGAACAGAUCCGUUCCGAGAUAUGCGGCAGUUUCUAAAGCAACUAAAGGAGUUGGGGUUUAGCGGCAUUCAGAACUUUCCUACCGUCGGACUCAUAGAUGGAAACUUCAGGGCAAACCUAGAGGAGACUGGGAUGGGCUACGAACUCGAGGUCGAGAUGAUACGGAUUGCUUCGGAGAUGGGCCUCGUCACCUCACCCUACGCAUUUAAUGCCGAGGAGGCAGUUAGCAUGGCAAAGGCCGGUGCUGAUAUCAUAGUCGCGCACAUGGGCCUAACAACUAGCAAGGGUAUCGGAGGGAAGACAGGGAAGACUCUAGACGAAAGUGUCAAGUUAACCCAAGAUAUUAGAGACGCGGUGAUGAAGGUAAGGGAAGAUAUAAUCGUCUUAUGCCACGGCGGCCCAAUCGCCGAGGUUAAAGAUGCGGAGUAUGUCCUUUCCCGAACGAAGGGGGUGCAUGGAUUUUAUGGUGCGAGCAGCAUGGAACGUAUCCCGGUAGAGAUCGCAAUUACGGCCAACACGAAGAGGUUCAAGGAGAUCUAUAUAGCGGACUAACUUGCCAAAUAUUGAUUUCAAUGCAUCAGCCCUGAACGUACCCAGAAUCUGUAAGUUAACCGCUCUUCAUAUAAUCAAUGCCGGCCUGGAAGAUCUUUAUAAGAAUUUCUGUUUCCUCUAUCGUGUUCGGCAC